AUGGGGAAGAUGAUGAAUAGUACCACUUUUGUGACUCUUUUCUUCAUUGUUAUAAUGUUUGGUUAUUCGCUUCAACUAUCAACCGGAUUAUGCAUCAAACAAGAGAGGGAAUCUUUGGUUAGGCUUAAAGCAAGUUUCAUUGAUUCUUCUAAUCGGUUGGGUUCUUGGAAAGGAACUGAUUGUUGCAGUUGGGAAGGAGUGGGGUGUGAUCGUGCCAAUGGCGGUCAUGUUGUCAAGCUUGAUCUUCGAAAUUAUGAGUAUUUCUAUUCCUCUGCUUUGCUCAGCAAUGGUGUGGACUCUAGUUUGUUUGAGUUGAAAUAUUUGAAUUACUUGGAUUUAAGUGGCAAUUUUUUCAACUACACUCAAAUUCCUAAUUCUUUUGCUGAGUUGUUAGAACUAACAUAUCUCAAUCUAUCUUCCACUUACUUUCAUGGAACAAUUCAACCUUUUCCUGGCAAUCUAACUAAAUUGCUAGUUCUUGAUUUCAACAACGAGGAGAACUUGAAUGGUCCAGAUUAUUUUCCUUUGGGAGAGUUGUUUAUUGAUGGCCUUGCCCUUAGAUGGGUUUCUGGUCUUUUGUGUUUAGAAUACCUCCACUUGAGUGGUGUAAGAGUAGUUCAAAGUGGUAAGUUGGGUGUAGAUUAUUUGAUCCAACUAUUGAAUACAGUUCCUUCUUUAUUGUCAUUAAAACUGAGUUCUUGUGCUCUUCAAAACGACCUUCUUCUUUAUGCUCCACUAAAUUCUUCAUUUCUUUCCAAACUUCAACAUCUAGAUUUGUCUUAUAAUGAGUUUGAUGGUCCAAUUCCUAUUAUUCUUCAGAACAUGACUUCCUUGAAAUACCUAAACCUUAAUGGUAAUUUAUAUAAUUCUUCAAUCCCGUCUUGGUUAAGUAAUCUUAGGAAUCUUGAUACUUUGAGUCUUGGAUCCAACUCGUUCAGUAGCAUUGAAGGAGGUUUUCCCUCAAUGGUUAGAAACAAUUGCCAUCUGAAAAGUCUUGAUUUAUCAUUUAACCAUUUUGUUGGUGAAGAUGUUUUUGGAAGUUAUGAAAAUUUAUCUUCAGGUUGUAAAGAGUAUGGUCUACAAAGGCUUUAUCUGGAAAGGAUGAUUAGAUUUGGGACGCAUACAAUUCCAAGUUGGUUGGGAGAACUAAAAAACUUGAAGUCUCUUUCUCUUCGAGAGAAUGCACUUUAUGGUCCAAUUCCCUCCUCAUUUGGAAAUUUGUCAAGUCUUGAGGACUUGGAUAUUUCUUAUAAUAGGCUUAGGGGAGGAAUUCCAAUCUCAUUUGGACAACUUCGAAAUCUCAAUUCGUUAGACGUUUCUAAGAAUUCUCUCAAAGGUGUUAUUACAGAAACACACUUUGCUAAUCUCUCACAGUUGAAGAUGGUAGCUAUGAGUAGCAAUGAGCAUCUAUCUUUUGAAAUAAAACAUGAUUGGGUCCCUCCUUUCCAAUUACAAUAUUUUUCGGUGAGAUCAACUAAGGGCUUUGGAUCAAAUGGAUUUCCUCGAUGGUUGGUAACACAAAAAGAUGAACUAGUUUUAUAUUUAGUUUUGUCGAACACCAGUCUUUCAGGACCUAUACCAACAUGGCUAAGCUUUCCAAAUUUUAUUUAUUUGGACAUUUCUAACAAUCAAAUUAGUGGACCCCUCCCAUACAACAUUGGCUAUCAAAUUCCCAAUAUGUUUGCCUUUUAUAUUUCCAACAACAUGCAUAUCAAUGGUUCUUUGCCACCAUCUGUUUGCAAAUGGAGGCAUUUAAUGCUUUUGGGACUUUCAAAUAAUGAAUUAUCAGGGACAAUUCCUAGUUGUCUGGUGACACCAAACUUGACUGUUUUUGAUUUAUCAUCAAACAAGUUCUCAGGGUUUUUUCCAACUAAUUCAUUCGACAAUAUUACUACACUAAAACUGGUAAACUUGGCAAACAACAAACUUGAGGGAGAGCCACUAGUUGCUCUGAGCAGUUGCACGUCCUUGUCUAUUUUAGAUCUUCAAGGAAACCAAUUCUCUGGAAGUAUUCCCUCGUGGAUGGGUAGAAGCCUUCAAAGUUUGCAAAUUUUGAAUCUUCAAGGAAAUUCGUUCAACGGCACUAUUCCUUUGUCUAUAUGGAUAUUGCCUCGCUUACAAAUUUUGAUUCUUGCAGACAACAAACUAGAAGGAGAGAUCCCACCAAUUGGGGCAAAGUUUGCAACCAAAGUCGAACAAUUAACAUAUAUAGUGUGCAACCCUGAAGAAAAUGAAUUCGCAAUAUGUUAUGUGAGCUACAUUAGCCAAGUCAUGAAAUCGAUCAAUUUGAAAUACUCUUAUUUACAACUAUAUUCAAUGGUGAAUGUCGACCUCUCCAAUAACAACUUGCAAGGACAUAUUCCAAGGGGAAUAGUGACAAUAAAUGGCUUGUUUGCCUUAAAUUUGUCUCACAAUAAUUUAACAGGAUCUAUACCUGUGGAGAUUGGAAGAUCAUUAACAUUGGAAUCCCUUGACCUCUCAUCCAAUCAACUCUCUGGAUCCAUCCCACUCAACAUGGCAAACUUAAAUUCACUAGGAGCUUUAAAUUUGUCCAACAACAAUUUCUCAGGGCGCAUACCUCGAGAAGGUCAUCUUUCAACCUUUAACAAUGCAUCCAGUUAUGAAGGUAAUCCAUAUCUUUGUGGAGAUCCACUUUUUGUUACAUGUCCAAAUGAAGAUCCAAGUGACAAUUUUCAUGGUAACGAUAAUCAUGAAGAAGAUAAAUUGGAGAAAAUGUGGUUUUGUGUCAUUGUGAUGGCUGGAUAUGCCUUGGGAUUUUGGGGAGUUGUUGGAACUUUGAUAUUGAAGAAAAGUUGGAGACAUGCUUAUUUUCGGUUUAUGGAUGAAACGAAAGACAAGAUAUCUGUUGCAAUAUUGGUGAAUAUGGCAACGAUGAAAUAA